GCGGGUACGGACGUCUCUGCGCUGCAGUGUCUUUUGUAGUUCACCACAAGCCUCCCAAGUGUAAAAGUGCCUCCACCUGGGGCCCCCCAAAACCUGCCUUUUAUUGACUCAAAUGUCUCUCACUCGGAGAGCGCGUGUUUUCCUUUAAGAAAAAACCGCGAGUGUGGUGUGAGAAAGUGCACAAAGUUUGAGAGCAUAGAGAAUCACUUGACUCACCAAGAGUGUGGCUUUUUUUGGACAUCAGCAGCGAAAUGACCUACUUCUGAUCCACCAAAAACCAUUCACUUUCGCACUCAAAAGUUUAGACGACAAGAAAAAAUCCUUUCGGCUUUUUUUUUGAAAGGAAUUUUUAAAGUUUUUUUGUUGUGCUGAACUCUUUUGUUUUUCGGGGGGAAGAACAUCAACGGCCUGGGAGGAACGAAACCUCUCAAGUUGUGCAAGAAGUCAGUGGUGCGAAGCAUUCUUGUGACGCUCGCGAAGACAACACAGUCGAGGAAUAACAAUAAAUUGCUCAAUUGGCGCGUCUGCGUGGAAAUUUUUUUAAUUUUUUUUUAACAUUUAAAAGUGUAAAGUUGUGAAAAGAAAAAAAAACCGGAUUAAAAAAAAAGAAUUAAACCGUAAACAAUAUUCUUCGUGGAAAAGAUUUCUGAAAGCAAAACUCCAUUCAUGGCAAAAGUUCAUUCAAUGUGUUCCCAAUAGGAUUUCAAUAGUGAAAGCGUUUGUGUGAAAAAAAAAAAACACCAACCUUAAUGCAUCACAGCUAAUCCAAUUCUUCGUGCAGUCGCACUGAAAUUAAAACCAUCUCGGCUCAUGUGAAAGGCGCGUUUGCUGCAAAGAAAAAGAGUUCUCCUCAAGAAGUCGCACUAAAAGAGUGUUUGUGUUGUAAACUAGGAGGGCCAACACGGAGACACAGUAGGGCCAAAUAGCACUGCACCUGGUUUAGAGCAAGUUCUUUUGCAUUUUGCUAAGCGCCCCAGAGACUUUCAACAGCCCACGCAGUUCACCCACAUUGUGUGCCCAAGAAUUUGCGCAUAACUCAAGGAUUUCGGUUCGGAAAUUAUGUGUGAAAGUUGAAUUUGUUCUGUGUGCGCGCGCGCGAGAACAAAGUGGACGUUCUCUGUGAUUCCGCAAAAGACUUCCUCGUCCAAGAUGACGCCUGGACACACCCUGGAUUGCCAUGAAAUGCUCAAAGAUGCAAAAUCCUCAUCGGAGCAUCGCAAAAUUAAUGAACGGAGGACCUUCACGAUGAUUCCUCAUGUAGUCUUUUUACUUUUAUUGUUUCAUCAAACUAUCGGAAUAAAUAGUCAAGUGUGUGGCCCACCGGCCGUUCCCGCCAAUUCUCGCGUAGGAAUUGCAACAAUCGACAGUGGCUACGUGGAAGCGAGGUACGAAUGUGACUCUGGCUACGAACUAUUCGGGUCGCCCACAAUCAGAUGCGACCCAAAACGUGGAUGGGACAAAGACAUUCCAUUCUGCGGCACAAAUGUAGCAUUCAGAAAGCCCGUAAAUCAGUCGUCGUCCACGAGAGCGGGCCCUGCGAGCUUUGCCAAUGACGGGAAGCUGGGAAAUCAGAAUCCCGACGGGCAGGAAUGCUCAGAGACGCAAAAGGAACCAUCGCCGUGGUGGCGGGUGGAUCUCCUAAUGCCGCAGGCUGUGAGGGUGGUACGGAUCACCACGAGGGGAUGCUGCGGCUUCCAACCCAUUCAGGAUUUGGAGAUUCGCGUUGGGAACAGCAGUACGGAUCUACAGAGGAAUCCUCUCUGUGCGUGGUAUCCAGGCACAGUUGAUGAGGGCACAACGAAGGUAUUCACAUGUGCUCGACCCCUUGUGGGUCAAUUUGUGGCCAUUCAGCUGGUUGGUGUUGAGGGGAGUCUCAGUUUGUGCGAAGUGGAAGUCUUUACGAAUGAUGAAUUCUCACCAGAACGCUGUGCUGCACCGGAUUUGAGUGCAGACACCAUUCUGGCCACAUUCUCACGCACCUGCUAUGAAUUUCACGUAACCCGGGGGGAAAGCUUUGAGAAAGCACGGAAAAUCUGCCAAUCACAUGGAGGAGAUCUGAUACACAGCUUCCGUGGGCCAACGCACGAAUACAUCUUGUCGGAGUUGGAUAGGCGGAAAGCCGACCUAAGGACGCAGCUUGUGUGGAUCGGAGCGCAGAAGGAGCCCGGAAUUACGUCACGUGUGUGGAAAUGGGUCAACGGCGAUGUCGUCUUGAAGCCUGCUUGGGGUAAAGAUCAACCAAAUAACUACAACGGCGAACAGAACUGCGUUGUUCUCGACGGCGGAAGGAAUUGGUUAUGGAAUGAUGUUGGAUGCAAUCUAGACUACCUCCAUUUUAUCUGCCAACACGCACCCCUUUCUUGCGGUUCUCCUGACUCGCUGCAGAACACAACAGUUACCGGAAAGAACUUUUCAAUUGGAGCCACAAUUGAGUAUUCCUGUGCCAAAGGAUUGGCCAUGAUUGGUGACAAUAAGAGACAUUGUGAGGCUUCUGGGCUGUGGAGUGGAUCAGCUCCUACGUGCCAAUACGUGGAUUGUGGUGAACUAUCUCCUCUGGAGCACGGUGGAGUUAUUUUGUCCGAGCCAAGAACAACUUUUGGUGUUCAAGCAACGUAUUCGUGCCACGAAAAUUACACGCUAAUUGGGAAUGAAAACAGGACGUGCCAACUGGAAGGAUGGUCAGGAAAGAAGCCUCAGUGCCUCGUGGAUUGGUGUCCGGAACCACCAUCCGUAACUGGAGGUAGUGUUAGGUUGUCAGGGAAGAGAGCAGGAUCAACAGCAACAUACGCAUGUGAUUCUGGGCAUGUUUUAAUCGGAGAUCCUGUAUUGUCUUGCGGACUGGGUGGUGAAUGGACGGGAAAGCCUCCAAUUUGUCGGUAUGUGGACUGUGGAGCUCCUGCAAGGCCUGAUCGGGGCAGCAUAGUUCUCCUCAAUAGUACAACAACAGUUGGCAGCAUAGCAACAUUCCACUGUGACACAGACUUCUGGCUCGUAGGACCUCAAGAACUUACCUGUAUGAAGGAAGGCAAGUGGAGCGGUGAUGCUCCAACUUGUGAGUUGAUUACCUGUGAAACUCCCAACGUUCCUCCGGGAUCGUAUGUUGUUGGCUAUGACUACAACAUUCAUUCCUCCAUUGAGUAUCACUGUGAUCCUGGUCAUUUGCUCAGAGGCGAAAGGCGGCUUACCUGCUUAGAAUCCGGCGAAUGGAGCGGUGAUGCUCCGUUCUGUGAAUAUAUUGACUGUGGACCACUUUCCCCUAUUCCCUAUGGUACUCAUAGGUACACGCAGAACACUACUUACGUUGGGUCAGAAGUCAGCUACUCCUGUUCCAAUUCCCAUCGUCUAUCCGGAGUAUCUAAGCGGACAUGCCUAGAUACGGGGCUUUGGAGUGAUACUGCUCCAAAAUGCGAAGAAAUCCGUUGCUCUGAACCAACAAUUGCAGCUCAUAGCAUCCUCUCUGUGACCGGGAAUGACAGGAUGUAUGGAAGGACGUUGAUUAGAACGUCUGACUCACCUCAAAAUACCUUCCAGACUUACAAGAUUGGAGCUCUAGCGAAGUAUAGGUGUGAGAGAGGAUACAAAAUUAUGGGAGAUCCACUGAUUACGUGCGAGGACAACGGACAGUGGGCUGGAAUGGUGCCAGAAUGCAUUUAUGUGGACUGUCAGACACCUCCGGGAAUUGAAAAGGGUAAAAUGACCCUGGCAACCAAUGCUACGUAUUACGGUGCAGCAGCUCUGUAUGAAUGUGAUAGCAAUUACAAGCUCGAUGGCGUUUCCAGGAGACUCUGCCUGGAAGAUGGAACUUGGAGCCAUGAAACUCCAGUGUGUAAAGAGAUCACGUGCGACGAUCCGGAUGUCACGGAGAAUGUCGUGGUGAAUGCUGGUUCACGCUCUGUGGGCACUCUGGCUCAGUUCUCAUGCACCAAGGGGCGCUAUUUGGUUGGCAACAGCACGCGGUUGUGCCUCAAACAUGGUCAGUGGAGCGGCAAGAGUCCCAUCUGCAAGCCAGUAGAUUGCGAACGACCGCCACCCAUUGAAUUCGGUCGGGUGAUAGUUGUGAAUGAUUCAACGGUGUAUGGGGCUAAUGCGGAGUACCAUUGCAUCCCUAACUACCAAAGAAUUGGACCCUAUCUGCGAAAAUGCAUGGAAACGGGGAAAUGGAGUGGCGAAGAGCCCAGAUGUGAACUUGCAACAAAUGAGGCUCAGGAGUCAACGGGACUGGGAACAGGAAUUGCCAUUGGAGCAGCCAUCAUUGUCAUCCUGCUCGUGGUGAUUGGCUUGAUUGUGCUGCACAAGAAUAAGGCGCGUCCUGUGAAGAACACCGAGAAUGUUCAGGCGGCUGAGAGGAAAGAAGAUGCCAAUGCAGCGGUGAUGUCGUACUCCAGCCUCGAGAAUACACGUCCCCCGGCAGCCUUUGACCUCACAAAUCGCGCCACAUUCAACACAUUCCAACCAAAUCGACCGGCUGCACAGCCAAAUGGGCGUUCGACAGGUAUGUCUAACAACACCAAAGUCCUGCCACGGUCGCUGGCCAGUGAGCAGAAUUGGAGCAUGUGAUUAACUUUGUAAUCAUCUCCACAUAAUCAUCUAAAAAAACAAACAAACAAACCAAAUCCUCCCCCAUACUUUUGUAGAAAACAUCUACGAUCAAAUACCGUCGGAGCAAUACUACGAUGCCCCGUAUGAAAUGCGAACCAAUGAUGAGGUUUAUGAGCCCGAACCCACCCCCACGUCCGGGAAUAUUGUCACAAUCAAUGGCAUCAAUGUUCGGUGAGAUCCCCCGGAUGUGAUCUCCCAUGGAGGCUCUCACGCGCCCUCUGUGCCUCACGCAUUUCUCGCGCGCCACCUUCAUCCACGCACUGCACUGCCGCCCUCAUCUCUCUCUCACCAAUGUCAUCAUCACCUGCACCCACACCACCAUACAUUACCCCCUUGUGGACGCGAUGGGGACGCUGUGUGCAAAAUGAUGAAAAUGGAUGGAAAUUGCGCGCAAAGAUAAAAAAGAUGGACUUUUGCAAAGAAAAAAAAAUGUAUUUCAAACCCUCUCUGUACAUAUAAAUAUUUAUAUACAUAUUUUUAGGCAUGUAAGGACCAAUGUAUUUGAUAAAUGUGUAUUUUGUUGAUAAAAAAAGAUUAAUUAAGAAAUAAAAAGAGAUUUUGUUGGUUA